AUGAGCGCCAAGUUCAGGCCCAAGCACGUCUUGAGAACUUGGAGCGUCUUGUCGGGACGGCGAACAAGCACUUCGAGCGCAGUACAAGAUGUGACAACAGCUGCCACUUUGUCACAAAAUCCGAGCUUUACGGAACAUAUAGACACGCCAUCCCUGUUUCCUCCAGAUACCUGCUACCAGAAUUUUAACGGCACGACGCACUGGUUCUCAGAUCUACGCUCAACUUUUUGGAACACAGAUGCCGAAGCUCAUGUCGUCCCUCAAGUGGAGUCCGGAGCCGGAAUAGGGGUAUUGUUUGGAGCCAAUAUCUCCUACGGUCUCACUGUUGAAGAAGUUCUCAAUACCCAUCUCCCCUCCCAAAAGGUCACAGAUCGCCUGGUUUCCAUAUACUUCCGAGUCCGGUUGUAUGUUACUCCUUUCAUACAUCCAUUACAAUUCCGAAGGCAGUACGAUGCAUUUUGGAAAGACCUGAGUUCAGCGUUACCUAUCUGGAUUUUUAUGGUCUUUUCGAUACUUUACAUGGCCGCGAACGCUUCCCGAACGGGUAGAGACACCGACACCCCCGCGAGUGGAUUAACAGUUGCUGCCGCCCAAUGUCUCGCGCCGGACGAGUAUUUCCGCCCCAAGCAUUACUCACUUGAAGCACUCCUGCUCUAUGGUCAAUUACAGUUUAUCACUUGUCUGGAAAUCUCUCCAGAUAUGGGGUCUGUCCUUAGCAUCCUUGGCCACAUUGCCACCGUCUCAGGUUACCACCGGGAGAGCAAUGGCCAGGGCCUAAGCCCUGUUGAAAAGGAGAUGCGUCGUAGAACUUGGUCUGUUCUUAUCCAAUUAGAUCUCCUGGUCUCAUUUCACCUGGAUCUUCCUGGUAGAAUCCCUUCAUCAGUGUCGGACAUAAAGCCUCCAAGCAAUCUUCUCGAUUCCGAUUUUGACGAAGAUAGCGCUCGACUGCCUCCCUCCCGGCCUGAUACUGAGUUGACGGGAGUGACAUUUUCUAUUCUAAAGCUCAAAUUCAUGACUGUAUUCGACAAAAUUCUCCAACAUGUCUCGAUGCCUCGUAUACAUGAGGCAACAGACGCUCAUAUCGAUUCUUUGGACGGCGAACUCAAAGACUUAUACAAAUCUCUGCCGGAGCUAUAUCGGCCUAGGUCAAUCGCAGAUUCUGUCAUUGAUCCUCCGCAACUCCUCGCUGCGCGUCUUUGCAUCUCUUUUGUAUACUACAAGUGCCUCUGCGUACUACACCGCCCACAUGUAACCAAACCACGAGCCAAAAGCAAGCAAGAGGGCUAUACCGCAUCAUUCGCUCUUGUUACCGAGCUCUUGCAUGUAUAUGAGGAGUGCAAACCUGGAGGUCAGCUGGAAACCGAGGAGUGGCUCCUGAAGAGUAUCACUUGGCAUGACUUCCUACUCGGUAUCACUACUCUAUGUCUAGUGGUUUAUACAAUAAGUCAGGGCACGCAAGAACUGGAGAUUGAUAGGUCUGGUACAUUGGAGAUAUUGGAGACAGCCAGAACUGUGAUUGAAGCUGAGCGAGCAGCUGAUGGUGCAAAAAGCCGUUCGAAGGCCCUAUCCGUUGUCAACUCCACUAUUUAUCAGCUCCGGAGGCAACACAGCGACGGAGACAUCACAUCAAUGGAUGUUUUAUGUUCUGCACCGUCUAUCAAUACUGAAAAAAUACCACAAUCUGGGGGCCACGGUUGGUGCUGGAAUCUAAAUGAGGAAGAUGGAUCGAAUGAUACCAAUUGGGAUUAUUUGGAUGAUUUCCUCAACGGUUCUAACGGGCUAUAA